AUGACGACCUUCGAGAACAUCUUCGCCUGGCUGGUUCCAACGGCGCGCGGCAGCAAUGCCGACAAAACAACUAAUAUGACCGAAAACUUCUUCCGCACCAUCCCCAUCGACUCCUCCGCCUACCUCACCUCCAAACUCCCCAACCUCAUCGUCAGCAGGCCGCAGAGGGCCAUCCAGCUCUCCUUCGACCAGACCCCCAAGCGUCCCGGGAGCUUCAUCCUCGGCACGGACCCCCGCACCUGCGACAUCGUCCUGCCCGCCCUGCCGGGCAUCUCGAGGCAGCACUGCUCCCUCUCCUUCGACUCCAGCUCCCGCCUCGUCCUCGAGGACUUCUCAGAGCGCGGCACCCAGGUGUGGUACGACUGGGAGAGCUGCGGGGACAGGACCGACUACACGUGGGUGCUGGCCAGCGCCCCCAACACCGCCCAGCGCAUCACCGUGGACAUCCAGGGCGUGCGCUUCCAGGUCGUCACCAACGAGUGCCCGGAGAGGCACCGCGCCGUCUUCGAGGACAAGGUGGACGCGUUCUGCCGCCAGCCGUCGUGGGUCGACGGGCUCACCCUCGGCUGGGAGCGUGUUAGUGUACCGCCCGUCACGCCGCUCUUCGACGCAUCGCCGCUGUUCAGACAUAUAUUUGUCCAGGGCCUGAUCGGCGACGAGCCCAAGGGGGAGAUCUACCUCUGGAAUAUGGCCAAACCGUGGGAACCCAUGGUGAAGGCUUCCGCAUAA